GAGCGACUAUGUUCAGCAAGGAAAAGCUCCGCAGUGCAUUAGCACGGACAGUGCGGUCGGAAGGAGUUCUCGCCCGGCUACAGACUGAGGUGCCCAACGCAAGCGGACAGGACUGCGCAGCAGUCGCGGCGGCCAUCGACUUCGCUUUGGAUCGAUUUUGGAAUGAGCUGUCAGCGGCUUCUGGUGGCAUGAUCUGCAGCGGGCCGGAGGCCGUGUCCCUUGUGCAUAGCUUCCUGAUGUUGAACGUGUCCGAGGGAAAGAUCGAGGAGUCGGAGGCGCGUUUUCUUUUCUGCCAGCAGUUCUUGGAGUGCGAGUCAGAAUACGGGUGGAAUGUGCGGGCAUGCGCGCCCGGAAGCAUCGCCAAAAUGCUCAGUCUACUG